AUGUCAACCUUUGACUCUGUGUCUCUAGACUUCACCCUCAUCUUCGUGAGCAUCUUCAUCUACCUGCUGGUCCUAUAUACUUCUCAUGACCCCGAAAUCCGAGCAGCAAUGAAGAAGUUCUUCGACAAAGCCAAAGCCCGACUGGGCGACAACGACCAUGGCAACAAUUUCCCAGUACAACAACAGCAACAACAAGUACCCAUGCAAGAUGGCCCUUCCUCGAUCCAGACACCUAGUCAAGCAGAUAUCUACCGCUACCGCUACCACCACGGCGCCAACCUAGGCUCAAUCUUCAUCCUCGAGCGCUGGCUCACAGGAUCCAUGUUCCACGACAAGACCGACGGAUCCGCCGAACUCGCCGCCGUCGAGCGCUGGGUCAAGGAGGAAGGUCUCGAUCGCACUCGGGAGCGUUUUGAGAAGCACUGGCAUGAAUAUGUUAGCGAUGGCGAUCUGGAUUGGUUGCGUGAUCACGGCAAAUGUACCACCGUCCGCCUGCCCAUCGGCUAUUUCACCCUCGGACCACCGUAUUGUGAGGACACGCCGUUCAAGAAGGCGGCAGGGGUGUAUCAGAAUGCUUGGCCCGCUGUGCAGCAGCUCGUUCAGCGAUGUCAUCAGCGUGGGAUAGGCGUCUUGAUCGAUCUCCAUGGUCUUCCCGGUGGCGCGAACCCGCAGGAUCACUCGGGUACGAAUUCAGGGAAAGCGGAACUGUGGUCUUCGAGGGGGAAUCGCGAGCAAGCUACGAGAUGUUUAUGUUUUAUCGCACAGCAGGCUCGUGGGAUGGAGGGGGUCGCUGGUCUGCAGAUCAUCAACGAGGCUGAACAUGAUGCCAAGGGGAUGUAUGACUGGUACGACCACGUCCUCGGAGAAAUGGCGAAGAUUGAUAUUACUCUCCCGAUUUACAUCUCAGAUGCCUGGGACCUCCACAGAGCCGCGAGCUGGAGCCAAGGGAAGAACAGGGCUGGUACGCAAGGCAAUCCAGUCGUAGUUGACACGCACCUCUACUGGUGCUUCGGCGACGACGACAAGCGCAAACCCCCACAGCAAAUCGCCCAAGAAGUCAGCGGGAAAUUCUCCCCUCUCGACGGCAAAGAAGGCGACGUAGCGUCCCGUGGAGCCGCUCAAACCAUCGUAGGCGAAUACAGCUGCGUCCUCGCCGAAGAAUCCUGGGCCAAAGCCUCUGGGGGCGGGAAAGAAGACCAUGUCCGCGCCUUCGGCAACGCCGAAUCCCACUCUUUCCAGCAAAGAGCAGGCGGCAGUUUCUUCUGGACGUAUCGCAUGGAUUGGAUGCCGGGAGGGGAGUGGGGGUUCAAGCAGAUGAGUGAACAGGGCGCUAUUGUGCCUCCGCAGUCUUUGACGGGGAAUGAUGUGCAGCAGAGGGUUCAAGGCGCGCAGGCCCAGCAGCAGCAGAAGAAGCAGGAGACGGUCGGCGCGCACACGAAUUAUUGGGACUCGAAUCAUCCUGGCCAGUAUGAGCAUCAGCGGUUCGAGCAAGGAUGGGAUCUUGGAUUCAAUGACGCGAUGGCCUUUUUCGAAGCCAGGAGUGGAAGCGGGCAGCCGGGAGCGGAUAAGAUUGGGAUGCUGGAUCUGUGGGUUUUGAAGAGACUGAAGGAGAGCGGGCAGGGGGGCAAGUUUGUGUGGGAGUGGGAGCAGGGGUUUCGGCAGGGUGUGAGGGAUUUCUAUCAGGGGGUUGGGGUGUAA